AGCACUUUCGAGGAAAAUAGAAUAUUUGUAUAGUUCCGAAACCGAAAUGUACGAAGGUUUCCUGAAUGCAGCAAGAGGAGUGGUCAGAAGGGACGACGCGUCAAGAUGGUGAAAUAUGGACUCCAGUUUAAAGCCACUCUGGAAAAUGUCACCAAUGUGAGACCGGUGGGCGACGACUUCCGCUGGUUUCUGAAGCUGAAGUGUGGAAACUGUGGAGAGGUCCCAGACAAAUGGCAGUAUAUCACUCUUGCGGAUAGUGUGCCACUCAAAGGAGGAAGAGGCAGUGCCAGCAUGGUGCUAAAGUGUAAACUCUGUGCCAGGGAAAAUUCAAUAGAUAUCCUUGGAGACACCAUUAAACCUUAUACUGCCGAGGACAGCGAACGCUUCAAGACGAUGGUGCAGUUUGAGUGUCGAGGUCUGGAGCCCGUCGACUUCCAACCACAAGCUGGCUUCGCUGCUCAAGGUGCAGAGUCUGGAACACCGUUUCCUGAAGUCAACCUACAAGAAAAAGACUGGACAGACUACGAUGAAAAAGUCAGUGAGUCGGUGGGAAUCUAUGAGGUCACACACAAGUUCAUCAAGUGCUGAUGUCAUCAUGUGAUGAGGAGCCUCAGAGACGGGCAAUGAACUCUUAAAACCAAACACUCUCAGGCCUGUUUCCAGGCUUCAAGGAUGCUUUGGAAGAUGAGGUGGUGGGUUUGUUUGAAGAACAUUAACAGGAGUGGAUUGGCACCAACAGUUGUCCAUUCAUCUGUGGGAUUAAUCAACAUGUUCAAGUUAUAUUUUUCACUGCCUCAAUAAAAUUGAAACGUGAAACAUUU